GUGUGUGCGGCAAAAGCUUUUUAUGGUGUUCCUUUUUAACUCGUCAGCGUCUGAAUCGUUGAUGUGUCCCUUUUCCGUUGUUGACGUUUGUUGCUCGCAGAAACGGGAAAUGGACCCUUAUCAUUUCCACAUCGAGAUUGCGGAGAAAACUGCGGAGCAACUCGCAACGAAUGCCGAACUACUGAAAGACUGCCAUGCCAUCCUCGUUCCAUUCGCGGCCAAGUUCAUGGAGGACGAGAGGUUGCUCAGUCUUAACAAGCACGUCAAGAGCAUGGGCUUGGGCACCUACCUUGUUCAGGAGCACGGCAAGAGCCAGUACGGCAACAGGGUGACAAUCGUGCUGCCGGACACGGAAGGGAAGGGUGGCCGCGUCGAGUGCACCUGCAGAGUCCCUACCAGGUUCCACCUCCUGUGCCAGGACGCCCUCGCGGUGUUGAAAUCAAUCGACAGGCUUGACUGCACGAGGGCGCUUAUUGACAGCGGGUACACCCUGGCUUCCUACAGGGUGCUCCACACCCACCCCGACUAUCCCGUCGUACUUCCGAUCUGGUCAGAGCUUUCCAAGGGCGACCUCCUGCCCCCGCGGCAGGUGACCCGGCAAGCUGGUGCUCCGAAGAAGAACCGUGGCCCCCGGCAGCGUUCCCGAUUCCCUGGUCGCAACGACAACUGCCAGCGCGGACGCGGCAACGUAGCCCAAGAAGGAGGUGGUCGUGGCGGCGGGCCUGCCGCCGGGAGAGGGGGUGGUCGUGGCGGGGGCGGUAACUCUCGGCCCGUCCCGGUACAUGGGAUGGGCAGUGUUCGCAGCCACGUGGGAGACCUCAACGUCGGAGGUUCCGCGGGCGAGCGACCUACCGGGAGGUUGUGGGGGGGGCUCGCGGUUCAGCGCUACGGCUCGCAAGACGCUUCCGGCAACGACCACGCAGCGGGGGCGGGGGCCGGGUCAUGCGCUAUGCUGAGUCAAUCCCAAGGCUCCAUCGACCUGUCGUAGCUCAAGUGGUUCGACUCGUAGCUCAAGUGGUUUGACUCGUCUUAGGGUUAGGUAACUUGGGCCUUUGAAUUUCUUCGUCGCACGUUGUCGGAGUCAAAUACGACGCUGUGGUCCGUGAAUGGCAGGGAGCAAGUGGUCGAAUGUGUGUGCAGCUUUGCGUAAAACUCCCGCGACGGCGGGGCGCGUGUUGUAGCGCCUAAUUUCGCGUGCCAGUUUCCAAAUGCUAUGCACAACAGACAGAGAUGAACAGCGGAAUUCGACAACCACGCACGCACAUGACUUCGACUUGGGUUGAUUAAUGGGUAGAACCGUCGAGCCCCAAGAGGAAGCUGUUGUGAAGGACGGUUAUCGUCAGCCUUAACGUCAGCCAUGCGCACCCACGUGCAAACUGCUUCUCACGAUAAUCGCGACAAAGAGCGUUUGCGGAAGUGGCCCUUCACCCCAACAGACAGAUUCGCAACCGAAUAACUAAUCCACACCGUGAACGCCCGUUACCCAAACGUGUUCUUGUCAACGGGGGAGAAGGGGACAGUGCGUCGUGUAGAAACACAGAACGCAAGUGUUGGACGCGCCCCCAGACAUAGUUGCCGGUCCACGUCUCCACCGAUUAGUGGUGAUGUACGCAGCGAAAAUAAAUUGGGCCAUAACCUUAACGUUUUGAACGCCAUGCGUUUACUGUGUUCUACUGCUGCACGACGGCAACACUAGUGCGAAGAGUCUACUACAGUACCACACCGCCACAGAAAGGUGUGUUUGGUGUUACCUCGGCAAGCAAACAUGCAUCUGCAGCAUUUAACUCUGUUUGGGUCGUUGUGCACAUUUGGAUGGCUUUUGAUGCGUGCGUGCACACAGAAUGUUGCACCACCUUCUGGCCUCGUGUCGCAGCUUCUACAUGAUUCACUGGGGGG